GUAAAACGAAUCUUCAAGAAUAAUUUGCUGCUUAUUUUGCUCAUUCUUUCACUUUUCUUUGGAAUUGCUCUCGGAGCAGGAUUGCGCUAUGUAGAACCAAAGUUUACCAGGCGGCAGAUCUUAUACCUAGGAUAUCCCGGAGAGCUUCUGAUGAGCAUGCUGAAAAUGCUCAUCUUACCAUUAGUUGUAUCGAGUUUGGUAUCCGGAAUGGCAUCACUAGACGCCCGAUCCUCUGGUGUAAUGGGACUACGAGCAGUGGUAUAUUACAUGACUACCACUCUAUUGGCUGUUAUACUGGGUAUAGUGCUGGUAGUUGCUAUAGAACCAGGCAGGAAAGGUGGAACUCCAGACAGCACAGGCUCACCUAAAGAACUCAUUGAUCCAGUGGACACUUUCCUUGAUCUCUUACGACAAGCGUUCCCACCUAAUCUGAUUGAGGCAUGUUUCAGAAAGUGUCAAACCAAUUCAUCGAUUAUCAUCAUCAUUAUUAUUUCAGCCUUUAACCAAACAAUUCUUAGAUACAAUGACAAAUUGGAGAAUAUUUAUUUCCCCAAAGUAACCACAGUGGAAGGAAUGAAUGUACUUGGUCUAGUAGUAUUCUCUAUAGCUCUUGGUAUCUGUAUUAUCAAACUGGGAGAAAAGGGAAAACCUCUGAAAGAUUUAUUUGAUUCUCUGAAUGAAGCUACGUUAAAACUGAUAUUGGUAGUAAUUUGGUACUCGCCAGUUGGUGUGAUGUUUUUAGUAGCAGCUAAGGUUGUAGAGAUGGAUGAUCCCGAGAAAACCUUCCAGCAACUGGCCUACUAUUUCCUGACAGUCAUGGCUGGCCUGUUCAUACAUGGCUUCGUUUCCCUACCUCUGGUUUACUUCCUGUUUGUCAGAAAGAAUCCAUUCAGAUUUAUAUAUGGUGUUUUACAAGCUAUCGUCACUGCCAUUGGAACAUCGUCAAGUUCUGCUUCUCUGCCAGUAACAUUAAAAUGUUUAGAAGAAAAUAAUGGCGUGGAUCCGAGAGUUUGUAAAUUUGUGGCUCCUGUUGGUGCUACUAUCAAUAUGGAUGGAACUGCUCUGUAUGAAGCCGUAGCUGUGAUAUUUAUAGGACAAGUCAGGAACUUGGAUUUGGGCAUUGGAAAUGUCAUCACCGUCAGUAUCACGGCCACAGCAGCAGCUAUCGGGGCAGCUGGAGUUCCACAAGCUGGUUUGGUUACAAUGGUCAUAGUUUUGACAGCUGUUGGUUUCCCUACAGAAGAUGUUACACUCAUCUUGGCUAUAGAUUGGCUGCUGGAUCGUUUCAGAACGGCUGUGAACGUUCUGGGAGAUGCAUUUGGUGCCGGUAUUGUGGCCCAUCUAUCAAGAGGAGAUCUAGCCAAGAUGGACGCCAUGGAUAAGGACGCCAUGGAUGAGGACGAAGCGGAUAAG